UUAGGUGGGGGUAUUUUGAUCAUUCGAUCUCGCUCGUUUGAUAUCAAUCUUCAUAUAUAUUCUUCGAUCGAUCACGCUAAGUGUGAUAUAUAUGAAGAAGGGAGAUUCAAGGGUACUGAUCAUGAUCACAUGGCUGGCAGUCGUAGGGCUAAUUUUCGUGGUGUUUAAUGUAUAUACGAUAUCAAGAACAAAUUAUGUCAUGACCCAUUCAAUGAUCACCAAGAGUCAAGGCGCUGAUACAAACCGCUCGGUACCCAAAUCAAUUAGCCAUCAUGAGGAAAAACACAUGAUUACAGCAAAAGAUAUCAGCUGCAACCGAGCCCACAAUUUCUACGACAUCUGUUCGAUCAAGGGCCCAACAGUUCUGGACCCCACCAUCUCCACAUUCUUUCAAAUGGACCCCAUCAACUCAACCCCACAAAAGCCCUUGGUAGAAAAAGUCCGACCCUACGCCCGAAAGUGGGAGAAUUUCACAAUGUCCCGGAUCAAAGAGGUCACCCUUGUUUCAGGCCCGCCAUUCACAAAAUGUCAAGUGCAACACAAGGCCCCCGCUCUGGUAUUCAGCGCCGGUGGGUACACCGGAAACUUCUUCCAUGAGUUCAACGACGGCUUCAUCCCACUCUACAUCACCAUCAACACGAUCUUCCCCGACCAAGACAUCGUACUCGUGAUAUCCAAGGCUCGUGAUUGGUGGGUCAGCAAGUACUCUGAACUGUUGCGUGCUUUCAGCAAGUACCCUAUCGUAAACCUGGAUAAUGAUACAUCCACCCAUUGUUUUCCUUCUGCCAGUGUGGGCAUGAUCUCGCAUGGCUUCAUGACUAUCGCCCCUAAACUGAUCCCAAACUCAAAGACCUUCACCCAUUUCCGGGCCUUCCUUCACAAAGCCUAUGGCCAAAACCGCAAGGUCCAAAACCAUCUCUCUGUGUCUACCCCUAAAAAGUCUCGGCCACUUCUUGUUUUGCUUGGUCGCAGUGGCCGGGGCGUAGGCCGCCUGCUCUUGAACCAAAACGAAGUGAAACUCGAAGCAGAAAAGGUUGGUUUUAGUGUCGUUGUUUUCGAGCCAACGGCUGGAACAGCUUUGAGAGAGGCUUAUGCGUUGGUAAACUCGAGUCAUGCAAUGGUGGGAAUACAUGGUGCAGCGCUCACGCAUUCGUUGUUUCUGCGGCCUGGCUCGGUGCUUGUGCAAGUGGUGCCGCUUGGGGCGGAAUGGGUAUCGCGUGUGUGCUUCGAGAUAUCUGCUAGGGCCAUGGGGUUAGAGUACAUGGAGUAUAGGAUAAAAGCGGAGGAGAGUAGUUUGAUGGAGAAAUACAGCAAGGAUGAACCGAUAAUAAAAGACCCUGUUGCUUUCCGAGGAAGGAAUUGGUCCCCUGAGAUAAUGAGCAUAUAUUUGAAGGAACAGAACGUUAGGUUAGAUUUGGUUAGGUUUAGGGAGUACUUGAAGGAAGUGUACGUGAAAGCAAAAGUAUUCAUGGACAAGGAGGGAUAAUAAUGUGGGUUCUGGUAUUAAUCGGCCCGAUCAAAAUCAAGGACGUAAACUACCUUUUUCUUUCU